AUGUCAAAGGGUAACAGUAAAUACAUGAUAGACCCCAUAAGCGUGAAGACCGCUUGCACCAGUGAGGAGUCCUACAUUCGCUGUGUUGAGUAUGGAAAGUCCAAGGCACAUUACCCGAAUUUGUCGCUGCUGGCCAAGGCCAUCUUGGCUGGCCUCUUCGUUGGCGUAUGUGCGCACGCCUCAGGGAUAGCAGGCGGCCACUUUUACUACCACAAGCUACGCGAAUACGUGGGCAUCUCCAUGAGCGCAUUCGUAUACGGGUUCACCUUUCCAAUAGCUUUCUUAUGCAUUAUAGCGACUGGCUCGGACCUUUUCACAGGGAACACCCUGGCCGUGACAACAGCUUUGCUUCAAAGGAAAGUCAGCGUAUUAGAAUAUUUAAGAGUAAUGACUAUCUCUCUCUUUGGUAACUACAUAGGAGCAGUAUCCUUUGCCUUUUUCGUUUCACACCUAUCAGGGGCCUUCAAAGAGCAUGACGAUAUAAAUAAGAAUCACAUUUUUCAAUUUUUAAAUGAUAUUGCAGUGAAGAAAGUGAACCACACCUUUAUCCAAUGCAUAUGUUUAGCCAUUGGAUGUAACAUCUUUGUUUGUUUAGCUGUGUAUUUUGUACUCACCAUUAAGGACGGGUCCGGCAUGGUCUUUAGUGUAUUUUUCGCUGUCUACGCAUUUGCCAUUGCAGGAUAUGAGCAUAUCAUCGCCAAUAUGUAUACACUUAACCUCGCGCUCAUGAUUAAGGCUAAGGUGACCUGGUCCAGUGUGUACAUAAAUAACUUACUGCCGACGCUGAUUGGAAAUUAUAUUGCUGGUGCGCUUGUUCUCGCAUGCCCCCUGUUUUACAUUUACCGCCAUAGCUAUAGGGACUACGAGAAGACACGUGGCAGUGGGGCCAACUUUGGGUUGAGAAGCCUCUCGAUUGAAAUGCAAAACGGUAGCUAA